AAACUCACUACAUUAGUUAGCGUCACUGUUAGUCUCUUUGUUGGAGCUGUUAUCCUCAUUUCGAACCAUGGCAGUGACUGGCACGUUGCUCAAGCCACAGUCUCUAGUCUUCACAGAACCUUUUCCAAGGACAAGAUCGACACAGAACUUGGUGUGCACAUCGGUUUAAAUAGUGUCAACAUAACGCUUCAGACUGCAUCCCUCACAAACCCCCAGGAAGAAAUAAACUACAACGAAAGGUUUAAUUGGAUAGGAGCAACAGAGAUCAAAGAAGAGUACAGAGAAGCACUGAUCAAAGGAUUGCCUUUUCCAAUAUUAACAAUUGCUGAGUAUCUAAGUCAGGACUUGGAAGGGUUUUGUUGGGGGCGUCGUUACCGCAUGGCCGGGUAUUACUCCUACAUUCUACUUUGGACCGCGUUUGCACUGUGGCUACUGAUGGACAUUCUUCUAUGUACUGUUCCUAGAUAUGGAGCCUUCUGCUUGCAGCUCACGGGAGCCGCCAUGUUGCUCACUAACGCCAUCUAUGCUCUCUUACUGCCUCGGAAGCCUUUAGUCAUCCCUUUCGAGGAAGGAACCAUUACCUUUGAAUAUGGAUGGUGUUUCUGGCUUGUCCUUGGCACAGGAAGUAUAGCACUCAUGACUGGGCUUAUGGUUGUGAUCGUAGAUAUUCUUUUUCCAAAUAAAUUUAUAACGAUUCUGGAAGUCGAUUAUGACACCCCCUACCGGUACUUUGUUCGGCAGACUAGCAGAACAACUGCAAAGCAGAAAAGUAACGGUCAAUUGAAAAGUAGUCAAUGUCGUGUUCCCGAAAGUGACCUCGAUGCCCCCAGUUGUAGCAGAAAUGGUAUUGGCAACUUUGCUUAUGAGAAUGACGACAGUGACGGAAGUAUUAUCAUCAACGGCAAGAGGGCCGUAAGUCUUCAUCACUUUGGUAACUACGCCGAGCGGGAGACAACAAGAAGAGGGUUUUUUUCAGCUAUCAGUCG